AUGAUCAUCACUGGAGAUGACACAGUGGGUAUAUCUAGUCUCAAACAAUUGCUCAGUCACCAAUUUGAGAUGAAAAAAUUAGGUUUGCUUAGCUACUUCCUCGACUUAGAAAUUUCUCAUGAUCCUUCUAGUUACUUUCUCACUCAAGCCAAGUAUAUCUCUGAUCUCUUGAUUCAUGCUGGUCUUAUCGAUUGCAAGACUACCAUUACUCCAAUUGAUCCUCAGACUUGUUUCACACGUCUUAAUGGUCACCUAUUAUCUGAUGCUACUUUAUAUCGUCGGCUAGUUGGCAGUCUUGUCUAUCUCACGAUUACUCGUCCAAACAUAGCCUACAUUGGUCACAUUGUCAAUUGGUUCAUAGUUGCUCCUCACUGUUUGUACUUUUUCUUGGAUGAUUCUCUCAUUGCCUGGCAUAGCAAGAAGCAAACUCUUGUUGCUCGUUCUAGUACUGAGGCUGAGUAUUAUGCUCUCGCUGACACUACUCAAGAGCUUAUGUGGUUUCAUUGGCUUCUUUCUGAUAUGGGAAUUCCUCAUUUUGCAACCACUAACCUCUAUUGUGACAAUCAGAGUGCUAUUUAG